GAGUAUAACCUACUUGUAGCAAGUUCUAAAGUGUCAAGUGUGAUUGUUGUACUUUUAUUUUUUCAUUUUAACUUAAAAUAAAAAAUAAGAUGUCGUCGACCAUAAACACGGACCAGAUCAUCGUCGACGAAUCCAAAUGUUCAGAAAUCGAACGACCGCAACAGAGAAACGAGGAAGAUGAAGAAGCAGAGUUACAGAAGCUUCUACUCCCCAACGUGGAUGAACUUCCCCUCACUCCUCCUUCCGCCGUUGAAACCAACUUUGUCUCUUACUUCGCUCUCGAUUUUACGAAGCCAGGUCAUGAUCAUUACAUUUACCGGCACGCCAAUGGGUUGUGCGUGAUCGGGUUGGCGCCUUCCCAUAUUGCUUUCAAGGAUGAAGGUGGAAUCACAGCUGUAGAUUUCAAUGUUGGAAAGUCUGAUCGUAGCGGGAUGAAGGUCACUGGAAAGCGGAAGAAGAAUGCACAACACCUUGAGUCCAACUCGGCUUUGUGUAAAAUUUCUACAAAAAAUUAUUCUUAUAUCGUGAGGUGUUGUGUGAAAGGUUCCCUUUUGGAAGUGAAUCAACAGUUAAUCAAGCAGCCAGAAUUGCUUAAUGUUUUGGCUGACAGAGAAGGAUACAUUGCUAUUGUCAUGCCAAAACCAGCUGAUUGGCUCAAGGUCAAGGAUUCCCUUGUCAGCAUUCAGGAGUACAAGAAAGCGAGGGGAACCAAUUGAUCUAAAGCAUUUGGUGCCCUGUGAUUGCCCCUUGAAAGAGACUCUGUAAGAAGCACUGUGCCAUAUUGAAGUAAUUGCUUGAUUUUCCCUUGUGAUGCUUCAUUUAGUCGGGUGCCAAAUGCUAAAAACUGAAUGAAAUUGAGAGAGCUUUAGGUGAAGAUGCUGAGAAACCUCUUACCCCGUGAUAUUGGUACAUGCCAAGUGGAAGGGUCAUAUUAGAUUAAUAUCUCAAAUUCAUGAGCUACUAAGAAGCUCAUGAUAUUGGGGCUACUAGAGGACCGUUCUUGGGGUUUUUGUUUUCUUGUUUUUUAUUGUAUUGUAUUAUUUUAUUAUAUUUAUUUUUCUAAAGUCUUUUGAACAAUAUUAGUUAAUAAUAUAAUGGACUUGUGGCCACUUCCUGA